AUGAGCGAAGAUUUUCUUAAAACAUUUGAAAUUGAGAAAUUGGAUAAUGUAAACGGACCAAAAGAAAUAUGUCCUAAAUGCCAAAAAGAAACAUUAUCUUUAACUUAUUGUACAACUUGUAUUAGAAACACGCUUUAUGAUAAUUUUGAUUGGAACCAAGAGGAUCGAUGUUUUUUUAGACGUGGACGUAAAAAAAUCAUUUUAAAAUCAUUGGGAAAUUCUCAUACUAUUAAUAAGGAUUUUUUUAACGAGGCAGAAAUUCAUUUUAAUUUAUUUUUAAAAACCAAUUCAUUAUUAUGGUGUUUUGGAAUCACUAAAGAUGUAAACUCUGAUGAAUAUAUGUUGGUUUUAAGUUAUAAAGUUAAUGGCGAUCUUGCAAGACCUUUCGGCAAUUUUCAACACGAUACAGAUUUAGUAUUUAGAAUUUGUGAUGGUGAAAGACCUCCAAUUAUACCUGGAAUACCAAAGCAAUAUAUUGAUUUGAUGGUUAAAUGUUGGGAUAAUGAUCCAAAAAGUAGACCAAAUGCUGAUGAAAUAUUAAAAUAUUGUAAAUUGAUGUUGGAAAAAUUUUAUCAUAAGGAAUGGAAUAAUGAAACCUUUAAACCUGAGUAUAAACCGUCAACAUCUAAUAAUAACGAAAAUGAAUUUAUAAGCAAAAACCUUAAUAAACAUGAAGAUAUGGAGAUAUGCUAUACCACACUUUGGCAUUCAUGUAAAGGUGUACUUGCUCACGAACUUUCAGAUUUUGAAUGUUCAUCGCCACAAGCAUGUAUUGUAGGAAAUGCACAAGACGCACGGGAUCAAUUCGAACGCGGUUUUGACGGAGAGGCUUUUGACAGACUUGAAGUUAUAUCCAAAACUAUCACAGUACUAAAAGAUUUUAAAUCAAGUGUCGAUGCAUUGCAUGACGUUAAUCCUCAACAAUCUUCAAUCGCAUCAACAUCUACACCCGCCAAAUCUACCAAGAGACCUCAUGAUUCUAAUUUUGAAAAAUCUCGAAAAACAAUAAAAUCCAAUGCUGAAGAUACGCCCACUAUUACUAGUGAACAUCAACAACCAAUUUACACUUCAUCUGGAGAUUUGAUUCCAAGUCCACCUAGAACUCAUUCACAUGCACCAUUAGACCCUAAUUUACUAAGGAAUUUGGAUGAAAUUUUCGUCACAUUCUUACAAAAUAUUUGUUCAAAUUUGGAUGCCAGAGAUUCUAAAGGAGAACAAAUUCAUCAAACUUUAAUGGCAAAGAAAAUGCAAAAAUUAAGUGAAUCACCAGAUUUUCGCCCAUUUAAGUUUAGAAUUCAAGCGUUUACAAAUGCGUUUCACGAAGAAUUACUUCAUAAUGGAUAUACUGAAGAAGUUUUACCAAUGAGAAAAGUAAAAAAUUACUUGUGGACACAACGAUAUAUUUCAAGAUUUAAUGAAGAUGGAAAGAAAGCCAAAUCUAAGGGAAAUCAUGUUUGGAAUAUUGAAGCUAAAAAAACACCUGCUGGUGGAUGGGUAUUCCGUGAGUUUACACGUAAAAUAGCAGGUAUUCCAAAUAAAGUUGCAUAUGUUGGAGCCAAAUACACUUAUUCCCCUCGAGUUUGGGAUCCACAAGUUAAUAUAAAGUGUAAAUGGGAAAAUAAUAUUCUUACUGGUACACCUGAUAUGAAUUCUCAAAGUUGUGAAAUUACUGCAAUUGCUAAUUAUUACCACGGUGAUACUGUGUACAAACUUGAAAAAUCCUUUUAUAUUACUGUUGUUGCUCAUGUCGAUUCAACGGAGCAUCAUGAAUUAAAUCCCAUGGUGAAUUCUGUGGCAAUUGGCGAUUAUCAAUUGCAAUAA